GCACCAGAGAACGGUGGUGUUGACCACGAGUUGUUGGCCGAGCAGUGACGAGUUAUGGGCACAUCUCUGGCUUCUCUUGUGGGGAGACCCACAACAUACAACACCUUUACCUCUGCACCUUCCCGUGUCCCUUGCGAUAUGGUUCUUUGAUUCUUCUGAUAUCGUUCACCAGACGCAUAGGCUGGCCUUUGUCAGUUCUCCUCUGCCGUCUUCAAUAUGAAGGUCUUGCAAUAUGCCGGCACUCUGGCCUGUUGCAUGCUCGGCGUCGCUUCUGCGACUCUGUUUGCUCGUCAGGAUGUGCCGGUUGCUGAAGGCUUGGAGGCAAUCAACAACCAGAGUGCGUCUCCGCUGCCAGAAUGCGCGGGCCUUUGCUACGUCCAAGCCUUGCCGGAGUUCAACUGUCCCCUGAACGACAUCACAUGCAUAUGUCCCAACGCCAACCUCACGACUGCUAUAUCGGCAUGUCUGUCGUCGAACUGCACGAUGCCUGACCAGCUGAUCGCGGAGAAAUUCUCAAAAGACUCUUGUGGAGCCAUAUCGCGUGAUGCAGCCUCAACAACUCGACGAGUGACAUGGGUCCUCUUCACCCUUGCCAUCUUCUUUGUUGGUGCCCGCUUCAUUGCGCGACCUGAGCGGCUGCACGGGUCUGGCUACGGCACCGACGACUGGACGAUACUCUCCUGCGUUGUCCUCUUGAUCCCUAUCAACGCACUCAGUCAGACGAUGACGAAUGUGGGAUUGGGUACUGACAACUACACCAAUUCUGCGGACGACAUCACGACAAUGCUGAUGCAAUUCUUCGUGUUCCUCAUCCUAUACACGCUAUUGGUCUUCACCACCAAAGUUAGCAUCCUUCAACUAUACCUCCGAAUCUGGACAGAAGAUGCCACUUCACGGUGGUUUCGACUUACCUGCUGGAUCCUGAUUCUUCUCCAAAUCGUCACGAUGCUGAGCUACUGCAUCAGUAUCAUUUUCAUGUGCACGCCCGUAGCAUACUCCUGGAAAUGGUGGGAUGGCCUGCAUUCCGGUCACUGCGUCAAUCGAAAAGCUCAGAUCUACUCACUGGGAGCGAUCAACAUCUGCUUCGAUGUGAUCGUCUUCAUCCUUCCCCUCCACAACUUUCUCAAACUCAACAUCUCUUGGAAACGCAAGAUGGGCGUCUGCACGAUCUUCAUGGUCGGCGUCCUCGUCACGGUCUGCAGUAUCAUUCGCCUCCAAUACCUCGUCAAAGUCGGCAUCUCCACCAACCCAACCUGGGACUACAACUCCGCCGUCCUCUGGUCCAUAAUUGAAUGCAACUUCUCCGUAAUCUGCACCUGCAUGCCCGCGACCGCCGGCCUCCUCCAACGCCUCUACGCCGCCAUCUCUGGCCAGUAA